AUGAAGAUCAUCGACUUGAUUAGCGAGAGGAAGAAAGAGGGACAUAUUCCUUUCUAUUCGUUUGAAUAUUUCCCACCUAAAACAGAAGAAGGUAUCAUCAACUUAAUCCCCUCCUUUUAAAUUGGAACAAAAAUCUUGUUCCAAUUUAAAGGGGUUAAUUUUUAUUGCAAAAUAUUAAUAUCAAAUUUAUUUAUAAAAAUAUUUUUUAAAAUAUUAAAAAUAUAGUACUUUAAAAAUUUUAAUUUAUUUUUAUAGAGAAUUAACUUUAAAAUAUUAAUUCAGCGUGUCAAAUGUUUGAACAGUAUUUUAUUUGCAUUCCCUCUAUUAAAUUAUGUCAACUAUUUAUAAAAUUAUCCAUUGAAAAGUGUUUGUUCCAUUUAAAAGGGGCAAAAAAAUGCAAAUUUUUUAUUAUUUUGUUCCAAUUUAUAAGGUUUUAGUUAAAAAUCAAGAAUUGAAAGGAUGGUCCAUCAGCUUAAUCCUCUUUUUGCCGACGUCACCUGGGGAGCAGGCGGUUCUACAAGCACCGAAACAAUCAACAUUUCUUCCUGAAUUGAAAGGUACAGUGGAACUGAAGCCAUGAUGCAUCUUACGCUUACCAAUAUGACUCUCGAACAAAUUGAUACAGCAAUUGAAGAAGCUAAAGAAAAAGGCAUCAAAAACAUUUUAGCUCUUAGAGGCGACCCUCCUCGUGGCCAAGAAGCUUGGCGUCCUCCUGAAGGUGGUCUUCAUUAUGCAUCUGACCUUGUUCGUCACAUAAAAGAGAAAUACGGUGAUUAUUUUGGAAUUGCAGUCGCAGGAUACCCAGAAGGGCAUGUUGAUGCUACAAGCAAAGAAGAUGACUUAAGCCACUUAAAAGAAAAAGUUGAUGCUGGGGCUGAUUUAAUCAUCACUCAGCUGUUUUACGAUGACGAUGUUUUUAUCGAUUUCUAUCAAAAGUGUAGAGAAAUUGGGAUUGCUUGUCCAAUCAUACCAGGAAUCAUGCCAAUCCAAAGCUACCAAGGCUUCCAUAGAAUGACCACCUUUUGCAAGACUAAAGUCCCUCAACAAAUUUUAGAUGACCUUGAAGCCAUAAAAGAAGAUGAAGACGAGGUAAAGAAAUAUGGGAUUAAUUUAGCUAUUAAAACAUGCAAAAAACUAGCAGAGUAUGGAAUUGAAGGUUUUCAUUUCUACACUCUUAACUUAGAAAGAUCAGUAAUUGCAAUUGUCAAUGAAUUAGGACUUGUAGAAACAGAAAGAGAAGCACCUUGGAGAAAAGUUGCAGGAAGAAGAGAUGAAGGAGUCAGACCUAUCCAUUGGGGAAACAGGCCUAAAAGCUAUAUAGAAAGAACUCUUGCAUGGGAUGAUUAUCCUAACUGGCGUUGGGGUGACGCAAGAAGUCCUGCAUUUGGUGCUCCCCAUCCGCUUUCUACAAGAAACUACACGAUCGCACAGAUAAAAGAUUUAACUCCCCCCCCCCUCCGUGAGUGAACAAAAAAAUUUUGUUCACUCACGGAGGGGGGUUAAUUUUUUUUUUUCGAAAUUUAAAAAAAUCCUAAUUCGCAAAAAUUGGAAAGCAAAUAUUAAUUUAAUUUAUAAAAUUUAUGUGGUUUUAAAAUGCAAUUCGUUUAAAAUUAAACAGAAUUAGCUCUAGAUUUCAUUAUACUAAUUAUCAUUUUAUAUAUAACAAUUUUUUUUCCAUAAACAAUUUUUCUCUCUAAAAAAAUUUUUUGUUCACUCACGGAAGGUGGGUUUUUGGGCAAAAAAUAGGGAUUUUUCUAAUGGUUUUGUUCACUCACGGAGGGGGGGAGUAAGGAAAAAAUGGGGAUCCCCAGAAACAGAAGAAGACGUAAAAAACAUUUUUGUUAGGUUUUUGCAAGGAGAAAUCAAUAGAUUGCCAUGGCUAGAAGAAGAGCUUGAAAAAGAAACAAUCCUUAUUCAAAAUUUAUUAGUCGAAAUGAAUAACCACAACUUAUUAACAAUUACAAGUCAACCUCAAGUAAACGGUGCCUUAUCAACAGACGCUAAAGUAGGCUGGGGUCCAAAAUCACAAAAAUUAAACGGCUAUGUCUACCAAAGAGCUUUUGUAGAGUUUUUCUGCCCACCUUCAUUUGUGGAUGCGAUUAUUAGUGUUCUUGAUAAACAUUCGAGCGUUUCUUAUAUGGCAGCUAAUAUUGCAGGAGAUUUCAAGACAAAUAUGGAAGAAGGAACUGUAAUUGCAGCAACCUGGGGUGUUUUCCCUAACAGAGAGAUCUUGCAGCCGACUAUUGUGGACAGAGAAGUGUUUUACAAAUGGUGGAGACAAGAAGCUUUUGCAGUUUGGCUUGACGAAUGGGCUGUAAUUUAUGAAGAUGAGAGCCCUUCAAAGCAACUGCUUAGGUCAAUAUAUGAUAGUUAUUACCUCUUUAACGUUAUAGAGAAUGACUAUAUUGGAGGAAACAUUGAUUCAUUAUUUGAAGAAGUUUUAACAGCUUUACCUAGUAGGAAUUAA